UGCAAUUUAAAAUACACCAGUUUACACUUUACAGGAAGGACGGACUCAAUAGUUGCGGCAGGUAUAAAAGGAAGCAAACCGAGCUGCUUUCGACAUCAACUCUUCAGUAAUCGAAAGAAGCACAUCAAGACUCGAAUUCAUCAUGAAGAUCGUGAUUGUGUUAGCGUGUUUGAUGGCACUUGCCGCUGCUGUCGACCAAAGUGAAACGGUCGUCGAAGACGCCGCCGAUCUUGACGUCGCCGAACACCGCAGGCACGGAUACGGUGGAUACGGUGGAUACGGACACGGAGGAUAUCGCGGCGGGUAUGGCGGCGGUUGGGGUGGAUAUCAUAGAGGAGGAUGGGGCCGCAAGCGUCGUUCUGCUGCUGCUGAAGAAGACGCUGCUCUUUUGACUGAUCUGGAAACGGCCGAGCAUCGUCGCAGUGGAUGGGGUCAUCGUGGAGGCUACUACGGAGGCGGGGGACAUCGUGGGGGAUAUGGUGGAUAUGGUGGAUAUGGUGGAUAUGGUGGAUAUGGUUAUUACGGUUAAGGUUUGAUCGUCUCCAAUGUUAUACGCUGAUCUUAUUGUUAUCCCCAUUUUCUUGACCCCCUUUUUUUACAUAUGGGCUGGUACAUUUACUACAAUACGCUUCCUUCUGAAAAUUCCAGUGUCUCGAUUCAAUAAAUAAUUGGUUGAAUAUUAAA